GUCUGCGGCUUUAACUAGAUGGCUCCCAAGGGCAGUGGGGAUGGUUCACAGUCUGGAGGAGAGAGGGCGGCAGUCCGAGAAGGAGGCUAAGAGGCCACCCCCAGCCCGGGGCAGCCCAGCACCCGAGUCUGCAGCCUGGGGUGGGGAGGGGAGGUGCCGCUCCCGGGGCCGGAGAGAAGGGGGUGGCUCCUCCCCGCCCCCGCCGCGGUGGGUCGGGGCGCGGGGCCGGGCUGCGCGGGAGCCGCAGCCUUUUCCGGGGGGCGGUCCGGAGGCGCUAGCGCACGGCUCCUGCCCCGACAGGUGCGCGCCGCGCGCAGGAAUGCGGUCUGCCUGACUCAUCAGCUCCUCCUUCCUACCUGCCGCCCAGCCCAUAAAGCGGUCCCCUUCCCGCCGCCGCCCGCCCUCCCUGCAGUCCGUCCUCUGGACAGUCCCGGCUCGCCCGCGCGCCGCCUCCGGAGCCGCCGAGCGGAGCCCAGCGCGGGGAGGGCGCGAGUCAGCCCCAAGGAGGAAGAGGAUGGCAGGGCCGCAUCCCAGCUGGUGGACCAGGCUGUUGCUGGCAGCCCUGCUGAGCGCCAGCUUCCCCGGGGACAUGGCGAACCGCUGCAAGAAGGCCCAGGUGAAGAGCUGCACGGAGUGCAUCCGCGUGGACAGGGACUGCGCCUACUGCACGGACGAGAUGUUCAAGGAACGGCGCUGCAACACCCAGGCAGAGCUGCUGGCUGCGGGCUGCCGGCAGGAGAGCAUGGUGGUCAUGGAGAGCAGCUUCGAGAUCACAGAGGAAACGCAGAUCGACACCACUCUGCACCGUAGCCAGGUGUCCCCCCAGGGGCUGCGGGUGCGGCUGCGGCCGGGAGAGGAGCGGCACUUUGAGAUGCAGGUGUUUGAGCCCCUGGAGAGCCCCAUGGACCUGUAUAUCCUCAUGGACUUCUCCAACUCCAUGUCUGACGAUCUGGACAACCUCAAGAAGAUGGGGCAGGAUCUGGCCCAGGUCCUGAGGCAGCUCACCAGCGACUACAUGAUUGGAUUUGGCAAGUUCGUGGACAAAGUUAGCGUCCCUCAGACAGACAUGAGGCCCGAGAAGCUGAAGGAGCCCUGGCCCAACAGUGACGCCCCCUUCUCCUUCAAAAACGUCAUCAGCCUGACGGAAGACGUGGAGGAGUUCCGGAACAAGCUAAAGGGAGAGCGGAUCUCAGGCAACCUGGACGCCCCCGAAGGAGGUUUCGAUGCCAUCCUGCAGACGGCCGUGUGCACUAGGCACAUCGGCUGGCGCCCCGACAGCACCCACUUGCUGGUAUUCUCUACCGAGUCGGCCUUCCACUACGAGGCGGAUGGCGCCAACGUGCUGGCUGGCAUCAUGAGGCGCAACGACGAGGAGUGCCACCUGGACACCACGGGCACCUACACCCAGUACGGGACACAGGACUACCCGUCCGUGCCCACCUUGGUGCGCCUGCUCGACCGGCACAACAUCAUCCCCAUCUUCGCAGUCACCAACUACUCCUAUAGUUACUACGAGAAGCUGUCCUCGUAUUUUCCCGUCUCUUCGCUGGGGGUGCUGCAGGAGGACUCUUCCAACAUCGUGGAACUGCUGCAGGAUGCCUUCAACCGCAUCCGCUCCAACCUGGACAUCCGGGCCCUGGAAAGCCCCCGAGGCCUGCGGACGGAGGUCACCUCCAGGAUGUUCCAGAAGACGAACACUGGGUCCUUUCUCAUCCGGCGGGGGGAAGUGGGCACAUACCAAGUGCAGCUGCGGGCUAUCGAGGACUUGGACGGGACUCACGUGUGCCAGUUGCCAGAAGCGGACCGGAAGGGCAACAUCCAUCUGAAGCCCUCCUUCUCCAAUGGCCUCAAGAUGGACGUGGACAUCGUCUGUGACGUGUGCUCCUGUGAGCUGCAAAAAGAGGAGCGGUCACCUCGCUGCAGCUUCAACGGGGACUUCAUGUGUGGACACUGUGUGUGCAGUGAGGGCUGGAGCGGCAAGACCUGUAACUGCUCCACUGGCUCCCUGAGCGACCUGGCGCCCUGCCAGCGGGAAGGUGAGGACAAGCUGUGCUCGGGGCAGGGCGAGUGCCAGUGCGGCCACUGCGUGUGCUAUGGUGACGGCCGCUAUGAGGGUCAAUUCUGUGAAUACGACAACUUCCAGUGCCCCCGUGCCUCCGGGUUCCUCUGCAACGACCGAGGACGCUGCUCCAUGGGCCAGUGUGUGUGUGAGCCUGGCUGGACAGGCUUGAGCUGUGACUGUCCUCUCAGCAAUGCCACCUGCAUCGACAGCAACGGGGGUAUCUGUAAUGGGCGUGGCUACUGCGAGUGUGGCCGCUGCCACUGCAACCAACAGUCGCUCUACACAGACACCAUCUGCGAAAUCAACUACUCAGCGAUCCGCCUGGGCCUCUGUGAGGACCUGCGCUCCUGUGUGCAGUGCCAGGCGUGGGGCACCGGUGAAAAGAAGGGGCACGUGUGUAAGGAGUGCAGCUUCAAGGUCAAGAUGGUGGAUGAGCUUAAGAAAGCGGAGGAGGUGGUGGAGUACUGCUCCUUCCGGGACGAGGAUGACGACUGUACGUACAGUUACACCGUGGAAGGUGAUGGCGGCCCCGGGCCCAACAGCACCGUCCUGGUGCAGAGGAGGAAGGACUGCCCCCCCGGCACCUUCUGGUGGCUCGUUCCCCUGCUCGUGUUCCUCCUGUUGCUCCUGGCACUGCUGCUCCUGCUCUGCUGGAAGUACUGUGCCUGCUGCAAGGCCUGCCUGGCCCUUCUCCCGUGCUGCAACCGAGGUCACAUGGUGGGCUUCAAGGAAGACCAUUACAUGCUGCGGGCGAACCUGAUGGCCUCAGAUCACCUGGACACGCCCCUGCUGCGCAGCGGGAACCUCAAGGGGCGCGACACGGUCCGCUGGAAGACCACAAACAACGUGCAGCGGCCUGGCUUUGCCUCGCAUGCUGCCGGCAUCAACCCCACGGAGCUGGCGCCCUACGGGCUGUCCCUGCGCCUUGCCCGCCUUUGCACCGAGAACCUACUGAAGCCUGGCACCCGAGAAUGUGACCAGCUGCGCCAGGAGGUGGAGGAGAACCUGCACGAGGUGUACAGGCACAUCACAGGCGCGCAGAAGCUCCAGCAGACCAAGUUCCGGCAGCAGCCCAAUGCCGGGAAAAAGCAGGACCACACCAUUGUGGACAUGGUGCUGAUGGCGCCCCGCUCGGCCAAGCAGGCCCUGCUGAAGCUGACGGAGAAGCAUGUGGAGCAGGGGGCCUUCCACGAGCUCAAGGUGGCCCCUGGCUACUACACCCUCACUGCAGACCAGGAUGCCCGGGGCAUGGUGGAGUUCCAGGAGGGUGUGGAGCUGGUGGACGUGCGGGUACCUCUCUUCAUCCGGCCUGAGGACGAUGACGAGAAGCAGCUGCUGGUGGAGGCCAUCGACGUGCCCGCGGGCACUGCCACCCUCGGCCGCCGCCUGGUCAACAUCACCAUCAUCAAGGAGCAAGCCAGCGGGAUCGUGUCCUUUGAGCAGCCCGAGUACUUGGUCAGCCGCGGGGAGCACGUGGCCCGCAUCCCCGUCAUCCGGCGUAUCCUGGACAAUGGCAAGUCUCAGGUCUCCUACUGCACGGAGGACAACACAGCGCAGGGCAACCGGGACUACAUCCCCACAGAAGGCGAACUGCUAUUCCAACCUGGGGAGACCUGGAAGGAGCUGCAGGUGAAGCUCCUGGAGCUGCAGGAGAUGGACUCCCUCCUGCGGGGCUGCCAGACCCGCCGCUUCUACAUCCAACUCAGCAACCCCAAGUUUGGGGCUCGCCUGGGCCAGCCCCAGUCUGCCACUGUUAUCAUUGGGGACCAAGAUGAACUGGACGGGACCUUAAUGGGCCAGACCCUAUCAUCACCCCUACUCCCCCGGGGUGACCUGGGUGCCCCACAGAACCCCAAUGCCAAGGCCACCGGGUCCCGGAAGAUCCACUUCAACUGGCUGCCCCCUCCUGGCAAGCCAACAGGGUACCGGGUGAAGUAUUGGAUCCAGGGUGACUCUGAGUCCGAAGCCCACCUCCUCGACAGCAAGAUGCCCUCGGUGGAGCUCACCAACCUGUACCCGUACUGCGACUACGAGAUGAAGGUGUGCGCCUACGGGGCGCAGGGCGAGGGCCCCUACAGCUCCCUGGUGUCCUGUCGCACUCACCCGGAAGCUCCCAGCGAGCCGGGGCGUCUGGCCUUCAAUGUCGUCUCCUCCACCGUGACCCAGCUGAGCUGGGCUGAGCCGGCCGAGACCAAUGGCGAGAUCACAGCCUAUGAGGUCUGCUAUGGCCUGGUCAACGAGGACAGCCGACCCAUCGGGCCCAUGAAGAAGGUGCUGGUGGACAGCCCCAAGAAGCGGACGCUGCUCAUCGAGAACCUGCGGGAGUCCCAGCCGUACCGCUACACGGUCAAGGCUCGCAACGGCGCAGGCUGGGGGCCUGAGCGGGAGGCCAUCAUCAACCUGGCCACCCAGCCCAAGCGGCCCAUGUCCAUCCCCAUCAUCCCGGACAUCCCCAUCGUGGACGCCCAGAGUGGGGAAGACUACGAAAGCUUCCUCAUGUACAGCGACGACGUGCUCCGCUCCCCGACGGGCAGCCAGAGGCCGAGCGUCUCUGAGGACACUGAGCACCUGGUGAACGGGCGGAUGGACUUUGCCUUCCCGGGCAGUGCCAACUCCCUGCACAGGAUGGCUGUGAGCAACGCCGCCUACAGCACCCACCUGAGCCCACACCUGCCCCACCGCGUGCUGAGCACGUCCUCCACCCUCUCGCGGGACUACCACUCGCUGACCCGCCCGGAACACUCGCACUCGUCCACGCUGCCCAGGGACUACUCAACCCUCACCUCCCUCUCCUCCCAGAGCCUCCCUCCCAUCUGGGAACACGGGAGGAGCAGGCUUCCGCUGUCCUGGGCCCUGGGGUCCUGGAGUCGGGCUCAGAUGAAGGGGGUCCCCCACUCCGGGGACUCAAGAGACUCUAUAAUCCUGGCUGGGCAGCCAGCAGCACCCUCUUGGGGCCCAGGCUCCCGCUUGGCUGCAGGUGUGCCCAACACACCCACCCGCCUGGUGUUCUCAGCCCUGGGACCCACGUCUCUGAAAGUAAGCUGGCAGGAGCCGCAGUGUGAGCGGGCGCUGCAGGGCUACAGCGUGGAGUACCAGCUGCUGAAUGGCGGUGACCUGCAUCAGCUUAACAUCCCCAACCCCAGCCAGACUUCGGUGGUGCUGGAAGACCUCCUGCCCAACCACUCCUACGUGUUCCGCGUGCGGGCCCAGAGCCAGGAAGGCUGGGGCCCAGAGCGCGAGGGUGUCAUCACUAUCGAGUCACAGGUGCACCCACAGAGCCCGCUCUGCCCCCUACCGGGCUCUGCCUUCACUUUGAGCACGCCCAGCGCCCCGGGCCCACUGGUGUUCACCGCCCUGAGCCCAGACUCUCUGCAGUUGAGCUGGGAGCGGCCGCGCAGGCCUGACGGCGACAUCCUCGGCUACCUGGUGACUUGUGAGAUGGCCCAUGGAGGAGAGCCAGCCACCACGUUCCUGGUGGAUGGCGACAGCCCCGAGAGCCGGCUGACGGUGCCAGGCCUCAGCGAGAACGUGCCCUACAAGUUCAAGGUGCAGGCCAAGACCACCCAAGGUUUCGGGCCGGAGCGUGAAGGCAUCAUCACCAUCGAGUCCCAGGCUGGAGGCCCCUUCCCACAGCUGGGCAGCCACUCGGGGCUCUUCCAGUACCCAAUGCCACGAGAGUACAGCAUCACCACCACCCACUCCAGCACCACUGAGCCCGUCCUACUGGACGGAUUGACCCUGGGGUCCCAGCACUUGGAAGCCCAUGGCUCCCUCACCCGGCACGUGACACAGGAGUUUGUGAGCCGGACACUGGCCACCAGUGGAACCCUCGGCACCCACGUGGACCAACAGUUCUUUCAGACCUGAGCCCCCGACCCCCACCUCCUCUCCCUGGCGCUGCCUCAGCUACUCCAUCCCUGGACCCCUGGCGACCAGCCCACUCGCAUGCUGAUCGCAGGGCCGGUGCCUCUGGCCACAGAGCAGGGGGUAGGUGUCCUCUGGGAGGCACGAAGUGGUCCCGGAAGGCCCUUCGGCUGCCCUCCUACCCUGGGCCCAAGCCCAUUUGUAACCAAAGAGCUAGGACCAGCAUGACAAGGUCCCAGCUUUGUUCUGCACUUAAUAAAAGAUUUUG